GUAAAGAGCCGAUUCGUUUCUUCGGUCUUACUUCUUCAGUGUCGUUGCCGGCAGUGCAUGGUAUUUUUGUGCUCUGUCUUAGUUUUAUUUUAUUUAAUUUGCAAAUCAGUUAUGGCAGAAAAUAAGGAACGUACUUUCAUUAUGAUCAAACCCGACGGUGUCCAACGUGGACUCGUUGGGAAAAUAAUCCAACGUUUCGAGGAAAAAGGUUUUAAACUCGUAGCGAUGAAGAUGGUGUGGCCAACAGAAGAUCUGUUGAAGAAGCAUUAUUCAGACCUGUCAGCUAGACCAUUCUUCCCUGGUUUAAUCAAAUAUAUGAGUUCAGGACCAGUUGUACCUAUGGUAUGGGAAGGUUUAAAUUCAGUGAAAACUGGUAGAGUAAUGUUAGGAGAAACAAAUCCAAAAGAUUCUGCACCUGGAACAAUCCGAGGUGAUUAUUGCAUCCAAGUUGGUCGUAACAUUAUUCAUGGAUCAGAUUCUGUUGAAUCUGCGAAGAAGGAGAUCGAUCUGUGGUUUGGACAACCAAAGGAAGUUGUUGAUUGGGCAUCUUGGGCAGAAAAGUGGAUAUAUGAAUAGAAUAUCUGAAUGCUAUUAUAAGAUAUCUAAUGAUUUAAAUAUCAAUAUAUGUUUGAAAUAAUUACCCCAACACGCAAAGAAGUAAUGCAAACAGAUGAGUUUUUGUAUUUGCCUCUGUUUCAAUCGACGUCGUAAUUUGUGCGUGACAAUACGGGCAGACUAAGCGUUGCGAUUCCGGACCAAAUUGUGUGCCUACAAUGACUACAUCUGAAAAUAAAAAAUAAUUUUUUAGAUUA